AUGUUUAGCUUUAGUACUACACUUGAGACCUUGAUUCUCAAGUAUUCGGUUUUUGUGGAUGUUCCUUCUCCAGUUUGUAUGAAGUCCCUCAGAACUCUGCACCUUGUGUCUGUGGAUUUCAAAGACAGCGAAUCUAUUCGUAAUCUUAUAUCUGGCUGUCCUAAUCUUGAAGAUUUGGUCAUUCAUCAAUGUUACCGCGAGCACGUUGUAGUUACUUUCACUAUAGUAGCACCAUUCUUGAAGAGGCUAGAGAUUACAGAUUACCUUGGUGGAUCAGAGAACGGGGGCUAUGUUAUAAAUGCUCCUUCUUUGAAAUACUUGUCACUUGAAGGGGUUUGUGAUUACGGGUGUUGUUUGAUUGAGAAUGUCCCAAUGUUAGUUGAGGCAAAAAUUACAGAAGUUUCUGCUAUAGCCAAUGAGAAUAUUUUGGGAUCUCUCAAGUCAGCUAAACGUCUUUUCUUGGACUUAUCACCCUUGGAGUUUCCUACUGAAGUUAUGUACUAUCAGCUGGUAUAUCUAGAGAUGUAUACACAUAAAGUGGAGUGGUGGAAUCUACUUACCCUCAUGCUUGAUAGCUCUCCUAAACUACAAGUCCUUAAGCUCACUGAUGAAUAUUCCAGUUUUAGAAAACAUGGUUUAUGGAAUGAACCAAAGAAUGUUCCUGAAUGUUUGGUGUCUCAGCUAAAGAUGUUUGUGUGGACAAGAUACGAAUGGGAAAGUGAAGUAGAGAAAGAAGUGGCUACAUACAUUCUAAAGAAUGCAAGACAAUUGAAGAAUGCAAGUUUCUCAACUAAACCUAUGGAUUCCGAAGAGAGACGUAAGAUGCUGAAGGAGUUUGAUGGUGUUGUUAGGGCUUCAAGUUCAUGCCACCUUAUUGCAUAUCCUACUGGAAGUAUCUUCUAUCAUCUGGUAUCUCUAGAGAUGAACACACGUAAAGAAGAGUGGUGGAAUCAGCCAAAGUAUAUUCCUGAAUGUUUGCUGUGUGACCUUAAGAUGUUUGUGUGGACAAGAUAUGGUUGGGAAAGAGAAGAAGAGAAAGAAGUGGCUACAUAUAUUCUUAGAAACGCAAGACAGUUGAACAAGGCAACUUUCUCCACGAAUCCUAUUGAAUCAAAAGAGCUUCACAAGUUAGAAAAAAGACGUACGAUGCUCAACGAUUUGGAUGCUGUAGACAGAGCAUCAAAAUCUUGCCACCUUGUGUUCGAGUUCGAUUCGUCUGAUAUGUAUAAAGCCUGUUAUUUUAGCCAGUUAGACUUAGAGGGAUUAACAUUGGAUUUGGAUCUCGAGGAUGGUUCUACUUAUAUAUUCUGA